AUGAAACUGCUUCUCUCAUUCUCAAUUUGCAUCCUAGCAAUUCUCCUUUCUUAUACCUACGAACCGGAUCAGAUCAAGGAUUUAGUUUAUUAUAUUCAGGAACGAGUCCCAGCUACCUUGUCGCAGUACUUUAACACCAACUCCACAAUUACUCCACCGAACACCGAGUACACACCUAUCGUCCACCCAGUCACCGAAAUGGCUCUUCCCCGUGCGAUCCGUCAGGCUUUCCUUGCCAUUGAACAAGGCGAAGGUGCAGGCGCCCGUGUGCGCCGCUCUAUCGGCACCAUGAAGCUCCGCAACUUCAGUCCCUUCCUCAUGCUCGACCACUUCACCAUUGGCAAGGGCGCCGGUUUCCCCGACCAUCCGCACCGCGGUCAAGAGACCAUUACCUACCUUCUCUCUGGCGGUGUUGACCACGAAGAUUUCGCAGGGAACAAGGGCACCAUUGGCCCCGGCGACUUGCAAUUCAUGACCGCAGGAAAAGGUAUCAUGCACGCGGAGAUGCCCCAUGAGAACCCCGAUGGUAGCCCCAACGUGGGUAUGCAGCUUUGGGUCGAUCUUCCGGCGAAGUUGAAGAUGUGCGAGCCGCGGUACCGCGAUCUGCGCGCUAGUGAGAUUCCAUCUGUUACUAUCGAUGAUGGCCGGGUUACUGUUAAGGUGAUCUCGGGUCAAUCGCACGGUGUUGACUCCGUUCGUGACCUCGCGUACACUCCUGUUUGGAUCCUUGAUGUCAACAUCAAGCCCGGCGGCAAGAUCACCCAGCCUCUGCCCCAGGGUUGGAACGCAUUCGCGUACACCCUGGGCGGCACCACGGUCUUUGGCUCUAACGACUCGACUAAACUGAUCAAGGAGUACCACAAUGUUGUCUUUGAGCAGGAUGGCGGUUAUGUGGAAAUGUCUGUUCCUGACAAUGCGGAGUCCGACUCUCGCAUUUUCCUUGUGGCUGGUCAACCGCUCGACCAAAAGGUGGUUCAGUACGGUCCUUUCGUGCUGAACAGCCAGGAGCAGGUUUAUCAGGCUAUGCUUGACUUCCAGACCUCAUCGAACGGAUUUGAGAGAGUGCGUGGGUGGGAGAGUGAGAUUGGCAAGCGGAUGGCAUGGUAA